UGCUUGAAGCAAGUCAAAAAGAAGCGCACAUUUUCAGAUCGGUCGGAUUUUUAGUUUAGUCCACUCUAACUGGGCAUACAAAAUAAGAAAAAAUAUAUUUACAAAGUUAGCUCAAGUCGCGACUGUUUUUCUUUUAUCGCGUCUUUCUUUGUUCAACAGCUUAGGAAUGAGUGGGAAACCAUCUCUGGUCCACUGGUUUCGUAAAGGACUAAGAGUUCACGAUAACCCUGCCCUCACUGACGUAUUUGAACAGGCACGGGCGUAUCCCAGCAGUUAUAGCAUCAGGCCAAUAUAUAUAUUGGACUCUACGGUUACAGAAUGGACAAAGAUUGGCGCAAAUCGUUGGCGUUUCUUACAAGAAUCAUUAGAAGAUUUGCAUAGUCAAUUAGAGGCUUUAGGUAGUCGUUUAUAUGUGAUCCGUGGGUCGCCAAGCACUGUGUUUGCACGCUUGUUCAAGGAAUGGCAUGUAGAGGUUUUGACAUUCGAAGAAGAUAUCGAACCAUAUGCUCUUAAAUAUGGCGCGGCCGUAAAAGAAAUGGCAAAAGCGAGUAAUGUGACGGUGAAAACACACUAUUCACAUACUAUUUAUGAUCCUCAUUCAAUUAUGCGGAUUAAUGAGGAUAAGGCUCCUUUGACUUAUCAAAAAUUUAUGGAGCUUGUGAAAACAUUAGAGCAAUCGAAACCUUUGGAAAAACCUAAAAGUUUAAGAAAUUUAAAUAAACCUGAAAAAGAUUUUCAUGAAAAAGAAGAUAUAAAAUGUUACGACAUUCCUUUGUUAGAUGAAUUAGUGAAGACCAAAGAAGAGUUAGGUGUUAACAAAUUUAAAGGCGGUGAAACAGAGGCUCUGAAACGUUUGAAUGAAGUACUCGCUGACGAAAAGUGGAUAAUUGAAUUUGAAAAACCUAAUACUAAGCCGAAUUCUUUGGAACCGAGUACGACUGCCCUUAGCCCUUACUUGAGUUUUGGUUGCUUAAGCUCGCGAUAUUUUUGCCAACGUCUUACAGAUAUCUUAAAACGUUGUCCUAAUCAUACGAAACCUCCGGCCUCUCUAAUGGGACAAUUGAUGUGGCGUGAAUUUUUUUACACUGCCGCUACAUAUGAGCCAAAUUUUGAUCGUAUGAUGGGCAAUUCUUUUUGUUUGCAAAUCCCGUGGCUUUCAAAUGCGGCUCAUCUUGACGCGUGGACUUUCGGUCGUACAGGUUAUCCAUUCAUUGAUGCAUGCAUGCGUCAAUUGCGUCACGAAGGUUGGAUUCAUCAUUUAGCGCGUCAUGCUGUCGCUUGUUUUUUAACACGUGGUGAUCUUUGGAUUUCAUGGGAGGAAGGAGAGAAGGUCUUUGAAGAACUUUUAUUAGAUCAAGAUUGGGCUUUAAACGCUGGUAAUUGGAUGUGGCUGUCGGCGUCAGCGUUCUUUUAUAAGUACUUUCAUGUCUACAGUCCUGUAGCUUUUGGAAAGAAAACUGAUCGCUCUGGUAGCUAUAUAAGAAAAUAUGUGCCUGAAUUAGCCCAAUAUCCUGGCGACAAAAUUUAUGAACCAUGGAAGGUCUCUUUAGCGGAUCAACGUGAAUAUGGCUGCGUAUUAGGUUCCGAUUAUCCUCAUCGUAUAGUAAAUCAUGAGGUAGAACAUAAAGAGAAUAUAAAACGCAUGUCGGCCGCUUAUAAAGUAAAUCGCGAAGUUCGAACCGGAAAAUCUGAAGAAGACAACGCGGAUGAAGCAAGAAAAAGGAAAAACAAGACGAGUUCAAAACAGUCAGCGAAAAUGAAGAAAGUUUAAAAGUGCACUUAAGUAGCUUUAGUAAGCGUAUGAAUUUGUUAUCUUUUUAUAAUAUUUUGUUAAAAAUAAAAUUUCCAAUUCCAAGUAGUCCAUUUGUCAGUUUACAUGUUUGGAAGUAGGCCGGAAGAAUUUGAUAACUGCAAAUG